AUGGCUCAGAACGUAAUGGUACCCCAAAUGAUUUCAACAAGAUUAUUGAGAAUUUUCAUCAACGACCUCGACGAUAAUUUGCCGGUGUUCCAGAAAGCUAACGAAUCAAUUCCACGUGUAUUUGUCAUCGAUCACGACGAAUCAGAUAGUGGAAAAGUGUUUGUUGGUCAGAUUCGAGCAUUUGACCGUGAUGCUACCCCAUUUAAUCAUAUUUACUAUUAUUUAAUUCCUUCAUGUUCAAAUGAGAAUGGAAAAUUUGCAAUAGACAAGUUUUCUGGAGUAAUAUCAGUGAACGAUGUUGCCAGUCUAACCAAAAAGGAACAUUGGCUAUGCGCACUUGCAACUUCUUACAACGUGAAUGAUGUUUUCAAUAUCGAAUUUGAUCGAAGGAAUAUAAGUAUGAUUUCAUUAGUUGUCGAAAUUAGAUCACGAAACAAGUCAGCUUAUUAUCCGGAUUAUAGAUUUAUCAACAAUAGCAUCAUUAUUUUUGGAUAUGAAGAAAAUUCAGUGCCUUUGUCAUUUGGUUCUUUUAGUUCUAAUAAUUCGGUGAAAUAUCAUUUAGACUCGAUCAGAGAAUUUAGUUCGGAAUCCGCUCCAUUAUCCACGAUUCCUGCCAGUUUUCAUUUCGCCGUUGACAGAAAUACUGGUGAUGUUCGCAUCGACCCAUCGCUUUUUGAUGGUCAAGAAGGAAUUUAUCUCUUAAAAAUUGCGAUUUAUCACGAAAAUACACCUUUCAACUCAUCGCAGAAUUAUCUUUUUACGAAGAUUCACAAUGUGAAGAAAUCCUCUAUGUUGAAUUUCAUAUUCAAUCAAGAAGCCGACAUUCUUGGUCUAAAUAUCGGCGAUUUUCAGCAACAGCUCAUGAAUACUUUAGAAAUGGAUCCAAAUUCCGCUAAUAUAACUUUUUUUUUUUCAUCUCCUCGUCUUUACGCUUCAUCAAGCAAAAAUCGAUCAUCAGUUUGUUUUCAUUCUGUAAGAAACGAUGAAAUUCUAAGCCAAGAGAGCAUUAUAUCUAUUUUAUCAUCAACGUUGAAUAAUGAAAGCAUGUUGUCGAGGUUAUAUCAGGCCUUUAAAGUAACAAAUAUCGAGUCUUGUUCAAUGGAGGUUGAGUCUGCGCAAGCAGAUUUCAGUUCCUCACGAACAUCAUUGCUCUGGUCAGGAUUUUCUUUAAUCGGUACGUUGUGCCUAAUAUCAUUCUGCGCUUAUAGUUGCUUCGUUAUGCGGUAUAAGACUUAUCUAAACGAGAAAGCAGCUAACGUAUUUGGAACGAAAACCCGAUUUGAUGGCAAAUUGGCGCUUGGAAAUCGCGGACAUAUUCAAUUCAAUGCAGAAAAUUUCUAA